AUGUCGAAGGUGCUGUCCGCGCUCGGUGGCGCGUUACCAGACGACAGGCCGGUGCUGUCCUUGCAGAUAGUCGAAAGUGUGGCCAAAUGUCCGGCUGGGUACUGGCCCGUUAGUAGGACCUACGAUGAAGACGCCGACGCUGGCCUGCUACGCCAAAAUGGACUCUUUGGGAAGAAACCCAGCCACUAUAUUUGCUUGUCGAAGUCCGAAGGUGUACCUGGCUACGUGAUGGAUGGCGUGGUGGUGGUGGGCGAGCGCGAGGCGGCGCCGGCGGGCUACAGCGUGGCGGGGCGCGCGGGCAAGCGGCGUCUGUGCACGCGCGUCUCACGCCCAGCCGCCGCGCCCCGCGCCCCCCUUACACCCGUCACCGACGUCAUCGUCUGCUCCAAGAUGCGACAGGCGCCGCGCGGCUUUCUGCUCGCCGGUGAGAUCAACGGCAAAAUGGUGUGCUACAAGUUAAGCGGCGGCAGCACGGACACGUCACCAACGGGACCGCCUAACGAGUAUGAAAAUGUCGUUACCAAUGUCACGCCCGAGGCUAACAGGAGUUCGGUAUCUGUUAGACUGUAUCAGGAGCUGAAAUUGCGCUGGGAUGGCUUCUCAGGAUUGAGACCAGCCCCUGAGCGUCCACCAAAGCUGUCGCCAUUAAUCAACGAACUAAACAACUUGAACUUGAAUUCCCCUAAUUCAAACAUCGAGGAGCUCAAAACGGACCACGAUUAUGAAGCCCUGAGCCCAUCUUAUAACAUGAAGCCCACGAGGCCGGCGCCGGUGCAGCCUCCGAGGGCAAUGUCUCCGGUUGCGCGGGCGAAGUCUCCACUCGCGAGUCCAGGACCCACUUCCCCGGCGGCGGCGGGGCGUCGAAAAGGGCCUGCUCCCUUACCCAAGGCGUCUAAUUAUCAAACCUUAGGAGGGUAUAACGGGAUGGAGGGGGUCCCGUUUGUGCUUAAUCCCAAGUUGAGAGGACUGCCUAGUGAUGCACUGGCACAAUGGCCGGUGAUCAAAAAACGCACACGAUUCGAACUUGACCGGGACUACUCGUAUAGUUUCACAGUGGAGAGGCAGACAGAACACAAUAUGCAUCAAGAGGAUCAUAAGUACAUUGAGAAAAGAAACGAAAAGUUACAAUUGCAGAUUGAUUUACUAAACGACAAAAUCUUAGCUUGUGGUACUGUAAAUGCUACUAGAAAACAUUUACCUACACUCAAAGAAGAUACUAAGUUAGAAAGGGGUGAAGAUGACUAUCGAGUCAGUGACACAAAUGUGACUGUGAUGAAGUGGAAAGACAAGAGGGUAGUCUACCAUUUAUCAAACUACCACGACCCACGAAAUGUCAGUACUGUUAUUCGCAAAGAGCAUAAUGGUGACUCAAACCAGAUAGCUUGCCCUGAACUUGUAAAGGAUUACAACGCAAAUAUGAACUUUGUAGACAAGUUUGACCAACUCAGCUGUUAUGCCAUUGAAAGAAAGUCUCGUAAAUGGUGGCAUAGAAUAUUCUUUCAUUUCUUGGACUGCGCGUUGGUAAAUUCUUUUGUUAUUUACAAAGAUCUUCAAAAACUUGAUCAUAUGGGACUGUCAAGACUGACAAUGAAGGAAUUCCGCCGUUCUGUCUACCUGGGCAUUCUUGCCUCUGCUUUUGUGAAUAAGCGAUCUUACGGUUCCAAUAUCAGUUCUCCAGCGCAUUCUCCGAUUCCUGUGCUAAUAAAACGUCACAAACCAACAGUUCCCCAAAAAACACGUUUAGAAAGUAGUCGCCACCAACCACAACAGGGCACAUCUAGGCGCUCCUGCAAAUGCAGUACAAAAUCUCAUCCAGUACGCACAGUUUGGGAGUGUAGCAUGUGUAAAGUUCCUCUUUGCCUACGUAAAGGAAAAACUUGCUUUGCUGAUUUUCACAAAAAGUAG